AUGAUUCUGGGGGCUGCCAUAAUCAUUACCAGCUACUACUUCCAUUUCUUCGCUGCCUCCACGGACGGUGGUAGCCCUACCGUUUUGAGCUGCCGGUCCGCAUUCCUCCGGUACAACACCGACUUUGGAGAAAGCCAAUGCGGACUCUGGGGCCGAGAGUGCAGUCCAGGUGGUCGCUGGAUACCCAUGCGAUGCAAUGGCCUUUGUGGUCAUGGCUUGCACAGUCCUACUGACUCCAGAGUCAUUGGCAGUGGCCCCUAUAGAGCUGACUCUCGCAUCUGCAUUGCUGCCUGGCACGCCGGUGUCAUUGGUUGGGGUGGUGGCUGUUUCGAAGUAAAGAUAGGCAGCGGGGCCGCGCAGUUCGAAGCGAGCCAACGACAUGGCGUCGACAGUGUCGCUUUCGACUCCUGGUAUCCCUUCAGCAUGGAGUUCCGUCCGGCUGCGGGUUCGCAGAACUGCGGCUACGAGGCCACGCCUGCACUGCUGGCACUCAAUGCCCUCCUUGUCGCUGGUUUCCUUUGGCUUCGUCCACCAAAGCGGGUUUUCUUCUGGACAAUGAUCACAACCUUCUGGUGGUACUGUGCGCUCAUCAGCCCAAUGGGAUACAGGUCUGUUGACACGUGCUUCCAGUACAUGGGCCGCUUUGCGUACUUCGUCUUCGGUGCCGAAGUUCUUUUGUGGCAGUUCGGAAAUGCAAAAUGCACCUUUCCGGAUACUGCAGCUGGGCAUGUGCUCGAUGUAAUUCUCAUAGAGAUGUUGCCUCUCUUGGCUACUUUGCAUUGGCACUUGCUCAGCUACGUCGGCAGCUACAGCCUCAACGGUGCACUCUUUCAGAGCUGGGAGGGGCCAAUGGUCUUCCUGGUGGGCAGCCUCGUGCUCCUGCCGAUGGUUAUCGGUGUUCUCCGCGACUGGCGGCGUGCUGGCUUGCUUGGCUGGGUGUUGCGGCGUGUGCUGGCCAUAGUGGUGGGCAUCAUUCUGUUGACACUCGUGUUCUCAACCAGCAACUUUGGUCUUCACCUGCACCACUACUUCGUUGCGCUGUUGGCAUAUCUCGGCUCCCGAGGGAGGUCCCGCUGGACAGCCAUGGCCCGGGCUCUUUGUCUAGGUGCUCUCAUCAAUGGGCUGUCCCAUUACGGUGAGACCUACGAACUUCCGAUCUGGUACGAGGGCUUGGGAUGGUAUCCUCCCUCAGGUAACGUCAACACUGGCUCCUGGGGGGAUGGCGAGCAGGUGAUCUUCACAGCUGCGGAAGCUGCGAAUGUUUCGGACGAAGUGCUGUUAAGAUGGUCUCUGGUGCGGGACCUGAGCGCAGGCAACUGCACAGAGGGCUACGACCCAAAGGACGGGACCAUCUUCGUGGUGGAAAUGAACCACAUCGAGAUCUACCGCGGCCCGGACCGCUACAUUACAGCUCCGAUCUUUGGCUCUGUGCCGGGUGACACUGCCUACGCAGCUUGGCAGGAACCACAAAAGGGGUGCCAUGAGCGUCGUGCAUGA